GGCGUUAUUGUCGACAUGCCAGAAAUCCUAUUGACACCCCAAUCCGUCAAUAACGCUGCACCCACCCGACUUCACCCCUCCACCCUCCUACCUCAAAACACUGUCCACCACAGCAUUUAUCACCGUCAAUUGGCUGACAACGACACAUCUAGCUGCCAAACAGGUGCGGUUUGCGUUUCGCAGAUUCUGCCUUUUACAGCUUCACUUGCUCCCUUCCCUAUUGACGGGUAUUCUUAUUGACAUCGACUCUUAUUGAGACGUUCGUAUUGACGAUGAGGCUAUUCGUCGAACAUCGUCGCCGGAGUGUUUGCCUGUCCUUCUCCUUACUGAUUCCCUUCAACUACCUUACCUGAGCAACCACCAAACCGCGCAAUAUCGACCCCAUCCCACACAAUGGCUCCCGUCCAACCCAUUGCGCAGGACCCUUCGAGCGCCUCCAACCAUGUCUACGCCUCCGGCAUCCUCUUCGCCACCUUCAGUUUCAUCACCAUGCUCCUCAUCCUCCCGCCCAUGUUCUGGCACUUGCGCAACCGCAACAUCGGCGCCACCGCCCUCAUCGCCUGGCUCGUCAUCUUGCUCUUCUUCAACUUCAUCAACGUCAUCCUCUGGCCCACCGACGACUGGCACACGUGGUACAACGGCGUCGGACUUUGCGACAUCGAAGUCAAGAUCCAAGUCGCUGCGUCUGUUGCGUUGCCGGCUUCUUUCGCUUGCAUUCUGCGAGCCCUGGCGGCUGUCAUGGACGUGGAGCGGACGAGACUCGUUCAGACGAAAGCGGAGAGACGGCAGGCUUACGCCAUCGAUCUAUCGUGGUGCCUUGGCUUUCCCUUGCUGGAGAUGCUCUUCCACUACAUUGUCCAGCCCUUUCGAUACUACAUUUGGAGCAUUUCUGGCUGUGGGGCGGUGGUGGAUAGCAGCUGGCUGGCCAUCUUCCUUAUCAUCGCGCCUCCGGCCAUCUGGUUUGUCGUGAAUGCAUAUUACGCAACACUCAUCAUCGUCCGCCUCUACCGCUACCGCAUCAACUUCCGCACCAUCCUCGUCAGCCGCAACACGACCAAGUCUCGUUUCUUGCGCCUCUACAUCGUCUGCCUCCUCUGGUUGUUCUGCUCAAUCCCCGUCGAAGCCUACAUCAUCGCCGUCAACGCACAGCAACCUCUCAACCCCUUCAGCUGGAGCGCGACGCACAACGCCGAGACGUGGAGGAAGAUCGUCUACAUAGCCAGUCACGGCCACAUCUUGUACGACCGCUGGCUUCCGCUGGGCUUUGGAAUCCUGGUCUUCAUCUUCUUCGGCUUUGGAAAGGAUGCCGUCAGCAUGUACAGGUCGUGCUUGACGGCCAUGGGGCUGGGGAAGUGCAUUGCGCGGAUGGAGGUGGGCGGCGCAAAAGUUGCUCGUGCGGCUGCCAGUUCGUUCGGCGGCACGACGAAGUCGUUUGUGGUUUGGAGGCAGAGGCUUUCGGCUUCUGGCGGGAGCAAGAGAUCCAGGUCCACGACGAGCUCCACUACUGAGUCUGUGUUGCUGAAGGAUGAAGCUUGCCAUAUCAGCGUGAGGCGCACGCCGGGACAGCGAACUUUGGAAGAGAUGGAGGCGUUGCAUCAACGCUCCAAACCAGGAGUAUUCGCAAGGAUGCUAUCAAGCUUGCAAGCCUGGCAUACACGACCAGCAUCACAAGGGAAGAGUAUGGAGCUGGAGAACUUCACGGGCGAGACAGCGGUGGUGCGUUCGACAAUAUCCGUCGGGUCAGCUGGAUGCUUCUCGCUCGAUGAAGACAGAAAGGUGCUGGUGAGCAAGGAAUUUCGACGCAGCAGUGAAGCAGCAUAGCGAGAUAUCCCUCUGGCUUUAUAUACAUCAAUGGAGCAG